AUGUGUAGCGCACUUCACACGGAGACAGCCCGCAGUAUUGAUCGCAUACAUGAUGGUAAUUAUGUAGGUAUCGUGCUGUUCAAUAAAACAGCGUGGACUGCACAUGAAUUAACCAUGAUCACAAGUCAAUCUGUGAGGCAAAGCCUUGUGGCUGCCGUCCCAACCAAUUACAAAGCUAAGGGGACUGACAUCGGGGCCGGUAUUAUGGAAGCGUUAGCUGUGCUCAAACGCGCCAGAGUGCGGACCAAAGGGGCGAAGAUAUUUUUGGCCACCGAUGGCGACCAAACUGUGGGUAAUAAGGAUUAUGUUAGCGAUGUAUUACCACAUUUAAGAAACGCACAGGUAAACCUGUAUUGUUUGGCAAUCGGUGUGAACGCCGACCCAAACCUAGAGAGGCUGACAGCAGUAACCGGUGAGAUGUUGUCGUCGAGACCCAGGAGUCAGGUGUUUAGCUCCAGUCGUGCGGACGGCAUGAGUACUGAAAUGAUGGGUCAAGUAAUGGAAGCGGCGAUGAAAGAGGUUAUCACCAGCAAAGAGAUGGCAGAAGUGGUCACUCAUACUGUUGUCAAUGAAGUUGUGGUCAUAAAUGGCAACACAUAUGAGACUCGAGUGCCCAUUGAGGCCGACAUCGGACGCAACACUCAAAUACAGAUCCGCUCCGAAGCCAUCAAAGACAUUGACGUAGACAUCACCGGCCCGUCGGGUGUCGUCUAUAGCACUACAGGUGGCGGACAAAUAGAUAAAAGACUGGAUGUGAAAGAAUGCAGAAUAUACUUUAAGUCAACUGAAUCGGGUCUUUGGACUAUUAAACUAACAAAACAAAUAUCAAGUCCUGUUAGAGCACAUCUGGUUCUUGAGAGUAACCCCACCGGUGCUAAAGCUAUUGAGUUACAGGUGUUUCAACGCCUUCCCGAAAUAAACUGUCCGCCAAUAGUGGUCUGUCGGCUGUGUAAAGGCGAUGACCCGAUUGUGGGCGCUAUAGUCACGGCAACAGUGGACAGACCGGGCGGUACUCACACUGACCUCCCGUUAAACAUCUAUCACAAAGAGGGCUAUUAUUACACUUACUUCACUGACUAUAGCGUCGCCGGCAGGUAUAAUGUCAGUGCACUGGCCGUUAAUGAUAGUAACAAUACUAUUUACCAUGGGACACCUACCGGCCCAUUCCGACGCCAACGAGUGGCCAGCAGUUUUCAAGUAAAGACCGACUGUAUGCCAACCCAACUGCCUCUUGACCAUCACUUUAAUCAACUAUUACUUACCAAUCAAUUUGGUUAUCAACGCAAUACACCUGUAUGUUUGGUGUCAACCAAUACAGUACUAGAGGCAAACCCAACACCAGCACCAGUGCUCAGAAGUAUACCUCUAUUAAGCGAUCAAAUGAAAGCCCUUAAGGCCCGGCUGUCAACCAAUUACAUAAAGACUAAGCGGGCGGUCGACGGCUUACAGGUGCCCGAAAAGGCAGAUCUGGCCAAUAAAUUGGCCGAUUUUGAGCGUUUCUUUUCCUCUAUCCGCGAGACGUCCGCCGAAGAGAUCAAUGGCUAUCAGCGCCGGUUGGAUGAGAUUAAUGAACAAGUUAGGUUGAGCAAACAAGCUCGAGUGGUUGAAGUGAUUGAAAACACAUUUCAUUUAAACAAGAAUUUCGUGGAAAAUAUAUUUCAUAAACUCGAUUACAAAGAAUGGGAUAAAAUAGCGAUCGUAUCAGUGAUUGGACCGCAUUUUGAGGGAAACACUUUCACUGCUAAUCUCAUAUUAAAUUACCUGAAAGGGCAACAAAAUAACCAUGGUCAGUGGCCGACUGAAAUCAAUCUUGACAAUAAUCAUGGCUUUGUAAACAUUGAUGAGAUUUAUCCUGGAAUUGAAAUGUGGUCCGAACCCUAUUAUAUGCAGCAUGUUGUGGUGAUUAACAAACCGGGUCUCGACACAUAUUCCGAUGAAUCAGCUGAUAAAUACACGAUCCCGAUUAUUUCGUACAUAGGACUAUUGAACAAAUUAAACCAAUGGCAAUGCAACGAUUUUGAGACAAACAAUGCCAAUGUUUCGCUAAUUGUAACUGGGUACAAAAAUUACGAAGCACUCAGUUCAGAUUUUAACAAAAUGGGCACUUAUUUAGUCGCCUGUCCCACAAAUCAGACCGCAGAUAUUGAUUGGAAAAUAGGCGAACUUCCCGGCGAUUAUAUCAAACAAAUGACCAAAUUUAUUCAAUCAGAUGUCCUAGAUGAUAAUUAUUAUUUGCCAGGCAUUACAUUUACAAACACCGACGAACUACUGGGAUUGAUCGAGAGCAAAAUAUCUAUGCUAAAUAACCGGGAUGAUAACCAAGCUCAAUCCAACAAUGAUAUAGCUACCGAUGCAAACGAUGAUAAUGCAGAAGUUAAUGAUGGUAAACAGACAGAACUUAUUGAGGCACUGGAAACAAGCGAGAAUUUAUUGCCCGAUCCAUUGGCAGCCAACCCAAAACUGGGUGAUAGCAAGACCUACAGUCCCGUUGAUACGACUCCUGAAACUCCCGGCGCUGUUGACACGACUAAGUUGACAAUAUUGAUGAAGAAAUUAAUAAAUAAUUAUAAAGUGGAUUUAAGUAAGAAAUUUCCCGCAGAAGUAUCCGAAGAGUUUCGGCAAUCACUGGACAGUGCGUUGAAUGACGAAAAAAUUUAUGUAGAUUUUGCGCCCAUUUUUAGAGAAGUCUCAAAUAAAAUCAAGUUUGAAUUUGAGCGAAGAUCGAGGGAGCUGGAUAAUUUGAAAUCACGUAUAACGAGUUUAUGA